CUGAAAAUCAAGAGAAGGGCCUUUCAGUCAAUUGUUAUGUCCGUAUAGAGGUAUGGCAGAAAUUAGACUCGUGGAACGCUUUAGGCGAUAGUAUGGAUGUUUUCAGAUGAUCAAGGAUAGGGACCAAGAAGUUGAAGGUUUCACAAAAAUUUCCUAUUCUUUUUCUCUCUCUCCCAAACUGCCCUAACAAUGAUAGUAGGAGGGAUGUAUCGUUAAGUCAUCCCCUAUGCUGCCUAAGCUGAAGAAAAUUGAUUGUCAGAUAGGAUUGUCUUGCUGACAACACAGUGAAAUACAAGGUAAUGAAGCUGGGGACAAUGGGAAAAUGAAUGGUGUCCUGUUUGAUGGCUUGCUUUGUGAUGAUGUAAACACUGGGAGGUGAAUAGAUAAAAGGCAACAUUCCAGGGCAAGGCUCAGUUUUGGGGGUGUUGCUCUGCCAAGAUGGAUGGGGAAGGAGAAAUUUGUAAGCAAGGCACCGGAGAGCGAUUAUAUGAAGCUGACCAUGAGGGUACACCCAAUUUUUUUUUUUGUGAAAUUGAAGGGACAGAAAGACACCAUCCUGAAGUUUGAGAGCAAAGAUAAAUCUAUUUCACGGAAUAUUUCUAUGGAUGCGAGUUUGGAGCAGGUGAAGGAAUCUCCAACAGUUUCAUUUCCGUCUCCUAUGAAACCAUCACUUUCAAUGCCUUCUACUUCAUCUUUGUUGGCGUCUCCCUUGUUGUCCCAAGGUCACCUGCCUCCUGCCAGCUCAACCCCUUCAAAGUGGCCCCGCCAUUCUCCAGGACAUCAGCUUUUAAGGCAAGUAUCUGAUAGUCAAAUCCCUGGAUUCAAGUCUCCCGACAGCUACUCAAUCUCCGAAGAAAGGCCAGACUGCUACUCAGUUUCUGAAGAAAGGCCAGCGCUCCCUUCGUGGAGCAAUGAAUCAGCUAGGGGUUCCCGUGGGGGGUCUUCAGAUGGUUGGUCUAUGCAUGCAUUUUCUGGGUUAAUGGCCUCUUCUCGAAGAGAAAGGUGGUCUUUUGAUAGUGAGUCCUUUGGCUUUAAUCGUGAGAAGUUAACCAGAUCCAGUAGCCGAUUUUCAACUUCUCCUUCUGUUGAUCUGCAAACUUGUGGGGUUUGCUCAAAGCUUUUGACUGAGAAAUCCUCAUGGAGUGGCCAAAAGAUUAUUGCUAAUAAUGAGCUUUCUGUAGUUGCCGUGCUUACUUGUGGGCAUGUAUAUCAUGCUGAGUGCUUGGAGAAUAUGACACCUGAAAUUAAUAAGUAUGAUCCAGCUUGCCCAGUCUGUACUUUUGGGGAGAAGCAGACCCUGAAGUUGUCUGAAAAAGCACUGAGAGCUGAAAUGGAUUUGAAGGCUAGAAAUAAGAGAUCAAGGAACCGAGUUGUGGAUAGCGAUCUUGAUGGUGAUUCUUUUGUGCUUGAUCGCUUGAAAAGUGGUGAACGUCAUGGGAAAGGUCCCAAGAUGGCCCUCAGUUCCAGCAUGAAAAGCUCCUUGGGGAAGCCUUUCCUGAGGCGGCACUUUUCAUUUGGCUCAAAGGGGUCUAAAAGCUUGUCAGAGAGCCAUUCUGCAAGAAAAAAGGGAUUCUUCUGGGCAAAAUCAAGCAGGGAGUGAGCAAAAACCCUAAACUGCCAGGAGAUUCCAGUGUUGAUCUCUACAUCUCAGUUGGAGAAAGAAUUGUGAAGAGUGCAAGAUUUCCUUCUUCAAGAUUUUGUUAUGAAAAUCUGCUUCUGCAUACACACACUGAAAUUUCAACAGCAUUAGCUUGUUGGUUUAGACUGUAAAGAAGAGAAAAGAAAAUAUAUAGAAGGAACAGUUCAAUAUAAAAGAAAGUAGAAUGAAAAUGCAUCAUUAGACUGGUGAUCUCAUUCUUAUUUUGUACAGAUUAUUGUUUCUUGCAUGGACACAUAAAUGAAUUGAUCCAAAUGAGCCUUUAUAUGGUUAAGGGAACUCUGGAUGUGCCAAAAAGGCAAUAUCAUACCGACUUAGCAUUGUGUGCUUUAGUGGAAGGGGUGGUAUUUACUAGGCAAUAGACUUAUAAUUGUUUUAA